CACAAAUGCAAAAAAACAGUUAACUGUAGUCCUGUUAGUCCUGUAUUACGUGUACAGCAACAUUACAUUUGCCACUUCUUGCCAUCGGGCGCAUUCUCACUGCACCCUGGAUUGAACAUGAUUAUUAAUCUUAGCAGACAUAGUAUUAGCGCCUUCUGCACAGUCCACUGCGUCCCUAGAGUUAUUUUCCAACGGUUCCAACUUAACGACUCCAAACCCUAGCAGGACAUAGCAUCGUAAUACUGCAUUCGCGCAUCGAGGCUGCGCAACGACGAACCGGAACUGCCAUGAAGACUCAUCUUCAGCUCCAUUUCAGGUCCCCACGGCCCUGCUACCUCGUAUCUCCGCUGCCUCCGCUGACUCAGCUGCCUCGAAGACCCAAUGUCCGCUUCACCGCUACCGCCACCACCCCCGCUGCAGCUGCAACACCAACACCCGCACCAACCCAAGGCGGCCUCUUGCCCCACCCCUCCGCCUCCGCGCCUCCCUCCUCUCGGCCCCCAAACUUCCACCACGUGCUUCACUCCGUGUACAAGAACCCGCCCGAUGCGGCUGCUGAGCAGCUGUUGCUGCUGGAGCACCUCACUCUCCAGCGGCUGGAGCAGCUAGACGCC